AUGGCAGCCGCCAGCCCAGGAAGCCGGAGCUCCCGCCCGCAGCGGCGGGACCCGCCGGGGCGGCCGCCACAGGACGGUUACGGUGUCUACGUGUACCCCAACUCCUUCUUCCGAUACGAAGGGGAGUGGAAAGGAGGGAAGACCCACGGCCGCGGGAAGCUGCUGUUUAAGGACGGCAGUUACUACGAGGGCGAGUUCGCCGACGGGGAGAUCAUGGGCCGCGGCUGCCGCCACUGGGCCCACACAGGGAACACCUACUCUGGCCAGUUCGUCUUCGGAGAACCCCAAGGCCAGGGCGUCAUGGAGUACAGAGCGGGGGGCCGUUACGAGGGGGAGCUGUCCCACGGCGUGAGGGAAGGACGCGGGUGUCUGGUGGACGCGGACGGGCGCGUGUACUGGGGGGACUUCCACAACAACAAGCGCCACGGCCGCGGGCACAUGGCCUUCCCGAACGGGGACGAGUACGAGGGCGACUGGGUGCGGGGCCAGCGGCAGGGCCACGGGGAGCUGCGCUGCGCGGACGGCUCCGUCUACGAGGGGCAGUGGCACAGCGACGUCCUCAGCGGCCUGGGCAGCGUGGCUCACUGCUCCGGGGUCGUCUACCGGGGCCUGUGGAUCAGCGGCCACCCCGUGGGCCGCGCCGCGAGGACCGUGAUCCUGGGCCCCGCGGUGCUGGAGGUGGCCCCGGGCGCCCCCUUCUCGGUGUGCGUGCAGCUGCUGCAGGACGACUGGACGGUCGCCGCCGGCGAAGACGGCCGGGUCCUGAGGAUCUCAGCGGGCGUCCGGUACGUGCAGCUGCCGGCCUACUCGGGGGUCAGCUUCUUCAGCGUGGACGCCGGCCGACGGGAGGCGCCCAUCCAGACCCCGUUUGGGUUCCAGUGCAUCCCCUACCCGCUGUCUGACUGCCCGUCGGGCCCGGAACGUGCCCGGGCCAGCGCGUCGCCCCGCACGGGAGACCCCGAGGCGGCACGGACCCCGGACGCCCCGUGUGGCCAGGGAGACGCCCCCGGCGGCCUGCCCGCCGGGGGGCGCUGUCCGGAGGGCUGCCGGCGAGCAUGGCAGGGCUGGGCCCAGUUCGAGGGCGUCCGCCUCGGGGCGCCCCCGCCCGGCUACCACCCGGUCCCGUUCCUGGGCGGCCCGCAGGAGGAGGCCAGCGGCCGGCCCAGGGGCGGCCCGGGCCCCGGCACAGGGAUGCCCACCACGCAGGACCCUCCGGGAGGCGGCAGGCCGGACGGGGCGGCCAAGGCAGAGCCGGGGACCGAGGCGCUCCCAGGGGAAUACGUCAUCAUGGUCCAGGACGUGACCACCCCCCCAUUCCUGGGCCACAGGCUGCCCACGGCCUUCAAGCACCUCCGGGUGUCCGCGAGGGAGAAGGCCCCGGAGCCCGGAGCCGGGAGCGCCGCCCUCCCCCGGGCACUGGCGCCCCCUCUGGACACCACCUCCUCCUGA